UCUGCCCCUGUCUAAUAUUUAGCUCCUCUUCCUUAACUGCUCUUCCUAUGUCUACGAGCACUGAAUGCUACUGCGCUAUUUGCGACAUGUACUUCUGCUCUAUCGAAGAGAGGAAGAUGCACAUACAAAGAUCGACACAGCAUCCGGAAUGCGAGUACUGCCAAUGCCGAUUCCUGAACAAGAAUGUUUACCGGGGUCACCUUGUAUACUCCCCUCAUCAUCAUUAUUGUGGUUCAUGCGACAUCGAAUUCAAGACGGGAGGUGGUCUACGCUACCACCUCGAACACGCUGCUGUCCACCGCGACGACACCGAUGAUGAUUCAGAUGCAGAUGGAGAAGUUGUGGAAUGUGUCGCACAGUUGGAAUGGGAAGAUGAGAUGGGACAACUUAGUGAUUCGAUUGACCCGGAGGAAGAUACACCGCCAGACGACUCGGAUACGGACAGUUCCUGGCAAGAGUACGACGAGUAUGAUUAUGAAGAUGUCGAUGAGCUUGCAGGCCCCUCUCGUGAGAUGUGCUCCACUUCAAGCUCAUCGCAGUCUUCCGAAGAGCAAGAUUCCGAGGGCGAAACAAGGAGCAGAAAGUUCAUCUGUCCGAUUUGUUCAAACACCAAUCCCCAUUCUGUCGCCUGUCCACCGUGCGGACAUAUGUUCUGUUCCAGCUGCAUAGCCGAAGCGCUCCAGGAAUCCAGAUUGUGUCCGUUGUGCUGUGAGGCAGCAACAGAUCAUCGGCUGCGUCGAGUCUUUGUGAUGUAGUUGGUUGAUGGACAUAUGCUGGAAUACAACACCAGACGGGC